UCGAAUAAAAAAAAAAAAAGAAAUCUAAUAAGGCUAACAUUUCUCUGUCUAUUAAUAAAAAAACUUGGUCCGUCAGGCCUUUAAUUUGUGUCUUGGUCCAAUAAUGGCACGCCCUCAUGCAGUAUGCAUUCCUUUUCCGGCACAGGGCCAUAUCAACCCUAUGCUGCAACUAGCCAAACUGCUUCACCACAAAGGCUUUCACAUAACCUUCGUCAACAACGAGUUUAAUCACGACCGUCUUCUCAGGUCCAGAGGCUCCAAAGCCAUGGAAGGUCUUCCGUCCUUCAAAUUCGAGGCCAUCCCCGACGGCUUAUCGCCGUCCAAUCCCGACGCCACCCAAGACGUCGCCUUCCUUACUGUCUCCUCUACCAACUACUGUUUGGACCCCUUUAGGGAGCUGGUUAAAAGGUUGAAUGACGAUCCAUCGUCCGAAUCCCCUCCGGUGACUUGCAUAGUUUCCGACGGCAGCAUGAGCUUCACUCACAAGGUGGCGGACGAACUGUGCAUUCCCAAUGUGUUCUUUUGGACUUGCAGCACUUGUGGUUUAGAUGGCUACGUCCACUACCGUCAACUUGCUGAAAAGAAUUUGACCCCAAUUAAGGAGCCAAAUUACCUAACAAAUGGGUACUUGGAUACGAUUAUAGAUUGGAUUCCGGGUUUGAAAGGUAUCCCGGCAAAAUAUUUACCAAGUUUCAUAUGGAACUCGGGCCAGGAUGAUGACCCAAAUUAUGUCAUAUCCCAAUUUGCAAUUCGAGAAGUUGAGGCAAUUCCCAAGGCAUCGGCUAUUAUUUUGAACACAUUUGACGAGCUAGAGCCUGAAGCUAUAAAUGCACUUCGGUCAAAGUUUCCAGGAAUUUACACAAUUGGCCCUCUUCAUCUUCUCCGCAAUCAAUUUCCUCUGGGGGAUGAUUUGAAAUCCAUUGGAUGCAAUCUGUGGAAAGAAGAUCCGUAUUGCCUGGAAUGGUUGGACACGAAAGAAGCCGGUUCAGUUGUGUAUGUGAACUAUGGAAGCGUAACAGUUAUGACCCCUGAGCAGCUACUCGAAUUUGCUUGGGGGCUUGCAAAUAGCAAAUUUACGUUUCUGUGGAUAAUCAGACCUGAUUUAGUGAAGGGAGAAUCGGCCAUUUUGCCGCCGGAGUUUCUAACUGAGACCAGAGAAAGGGGCUUAUUGGCGAGUUGGUGCCCACAAGAACAAGUGUUGAACCACCCAUCAGUUGGGUGUUUUUUAACGCACUGUGGGUGGAACUCGACCCUGGAGAGUAUUUCUGCGGGUGUGCCUAUGUUAUGCUGGCCUUUCUUCUCAGAGCAGCCGACUAAUUGCUGGUAUUGUUGCACGGAGUUGGGGGUUGGAAUGGAAAUUGAUUCCAAUGGGGAUAGGAAUGUGAUUGGGGAUCUGGUGAGAGAGAUGAUGGGCGGAGAAAAGGGGAAGGAGAUGAAAGAGAAGGUGAUGAAGCUGAAGAAAUUAGCUGAAGCAGUGGUGGCAUCUCCUGCCGGGCCAUCUUACCUUAAUUUUGAGGAAAUCGUGAACAACGUGCUCAUACCUCCAACAUCAAAAUAAUGUCUCAAAAAUUUAUAUUAUGAUCUAUUCACUGUUUAAAAGUAGGAUCAAAAUCAGCAAGAUAGCUCGGCAAUUUAGGCCUUCUCCUUUGCCUGUCUCUACCAAGUCCACGUUCUGCAUGCAUGACACCUUAUCACCUUUCUCUGUAUGCAUGAUGGCAGAGGUGUAUCAGAACUUGUAUUGGCUUUUCCUUCGUCUUCUUCCCGAGUCUUUUCUGUUUUCUUCUGGAUUGAAUUACAUGGCAGCAAAUGCGUAGAUUAAUGGAAUCAAAUUCCUCUCAAUAAUCACACAUUGUAUGCUAUAAUACUUUACUCGCUAAUAUUUGUAUUCAACAGAAUGGUUAAUAACAGAGCUCUGUGUUACUGUCAAA